AUGCGUUCGAAUUUUUUUUUGGUUUACCCGAGUUUGGGAACACGUCGCUUUGCAAUCGAGAGAAGAUUUCUGACGUAUUUUGAUCGCAAGUUAACACAAAUCAAGGUAAGUCGUAGUUUAUCAUUCUUUCAAAUAGUUAUAGUUAAUAUUUAGAAUUCCUGUCGGAUAUACUUCACAAAAGUCUAUGGCGAGAAGAUUAAGGUUACUUUCGGUUCCCGUGAAGACGGUUCUCGAGCCGGAUGUCUAUGUACUUUGGACGACGGAUCAACCAUUAGCAGAUUCUAUGUGAAGGCUCAUCACGGAGCAGGAGAUAAGUCAUCGCGUAAGUUUUGCUCUUAUUUUUAAAUUUUCAAUCUACAAAAUUUCAGACACACGAUACGACACUGACCUCAAAGAACUGUUUAUAUACACUUUUUUGGAGGAAUUGAAGAUGGGCGCUCAGAUCCACUUCAUUAAUAACGAAAUUUUUUCAAAAUGGAUCAUUUAUAUCGCAAGUAAAGAAAUACCGACCUUCAAGACUCUCGAAUUCUUGGAGCUGACUCAACCGGAAACUCUCCAAGAAUACUCUAAAUCCGUUGCUGAGAUGUUGUUUGUGUAUACGGUUCUAAUGCUGGGUGACCAUCAUACUGCCAAUAUGGGCUUUGACAACGCCCGUAAUCCGUUUAUCAUUGACUUUUUCGUAAUUGGAAGACGAAUAACUAGUGUCAGAGACCUUCAUGACGGCGUGCGAAUGGCGAAGAAAUUCAAGUAA